AUGAAGAACGAAUAAUCUAUAUUUAAGUUAUUUUUGACCAUUGACUUAGCUAAACAACUUAAUAAUAAUAAAGAAAUUGGCGCUUAUCGUUUUGUGAUUGAUUUAUAAGAUUAAUCAAAAACAUUUAAUUCGGCAUCAACCCAGAGCAUUUUAUUUUUCUUAAAGUAAAAUUAGUCAUCAUAUAAAUAUUACUAGUGAAAUAGAAAACAAUACCAACAUGACAGUGAAAAUAAUAUCAGAAAAAACAAACAAAAUUUUAGGUACUUUAAGUAUAUUGAUCCCAUUUGCAAUUAACUACGAAUAAGAAUUGACCAUAACUGAAUCCUUUCAAUUUGAAAAUGAAACUAAAUUGAAUGGUUCUUACACACUCUAUUUAAUUAACAUCCCACUGUUCAAAUAAUAAGGCUCCAAUGAUACAACAUCAGUCUAAAAAGCUAGCCUUGCUCCUUAAUAAUAAAAAUAAAAGAAGCAGGUCUCUAAGUCGCCUUAAUCAAAAUUGUCAUAGUAAUCUUAUCUAGAAAAAAUAAACAAAGAGGUUACCUAGAUUCUUAAUAAACAUCACCAUUCUCUAAGCUCAAGAAAAGAUAAGACGAUUGAUACUGGGAUUGUGGAUGAAUCUCCCAGUAGAAUAAGCGAUAGAGUAUAAGUUAGUAGAUCUGGAACGAUUAUUUAGUCGGAGAUUAGUCCAUCUUAAGUGAGAAAAUAUGUUAUGGAAGAUUCUCCAUCUAAAUUAAAUUGCAGUUUCAAUAAGGAUAAGGAAAUAAAUCAUAGGCAUCAUUAAGAGCUUAGUUGCUUAUACUACUUAGAUUAAGCAACUCUAAGUAAUCAAAUUCAAAUAGAGAAUGAGAACUUAAAAGAAACUGUUAUAAAUAUGAACACUAAAUUGGAGUAUUAGGAAUAAUAAAUAAUGUUAUACAAAUCAUUAGAAUCAAAUUAUAAAGAACUCUAAAAUCAGUUGACCACAUUUUUGAAGGCUUAAGAAUUAACUAAAUCUGUCGAUUCAGUAUUUGAUAAGGAAAUACUAAAAUUGAAUGCAUAGUUAAAUUCGAAGAUUUCCCAAUUGUUAGAAAACGAAAAGAAGUUUUCAAAAUAAAAACUUGAGUAUGAAAUCUAAAUAUCUGAACAGAGGAAUGAAAUUAAUAUGCUGAGAUAGAAUCUGUACGAAUUAAGUGAGAAAUAAAAAUAUUAUACCAAUUUAAAUAAUGAAUUGAUCAACUAAAAAUAAUAAAAUUUGGAAUUAAAAUAAGAAUUAAUUAAAAAUGUUAAGGAUUAUGAAGCCAAAUUAUCUAAAUUUGAUUAGCAUAUCACAGAUCAAAAUAAAAAAAUUGAUGAUCAAACCAAAUAAAUAUGGGAUUAAAAAUAGCAAUAUUAAGAGUUAGAGAAAUAAAAUAAAUCCUUAUCUUUUUAAUUGAAGAAGCUUUAAGAGAAUCAAUAAAAGCAACCGUUAAUUAAUAUAAAACCAGUCAGUAAUAAUAAUGAUAAUGAGGAAACAUCAAAACAACUAUAAAUUACAUAAGAGAUUAACUAAUAGAAGUAAAUUGAAAUUGAAAAAUUGCAAAAUGCAUUAAAGAAAGCUCAAUAAUUAAAUUAAGAUUAAUAGAAUGAGUAAGCAUAAACAAAAUAAGCUUUGAAUUAACUUAAAUAGGAACUAUCAAAAUUAAAAGAACACAAUAUAUAGAAUUAAAAUCAAAAGUCAAAGUAAUAAACUGAAACUAAAUAAUUGUAAUAAUAAAUAGACAAUGAAAAAUCAAAAGUAUGAUAUUUGACAGAAUUUUAGGUUGCAACUUUAUAGAGUCAAUUAAAAGCUAAGAGCAUUUAAUUACAAGAGGCGUAAGUUAGAGAUGAGAAUUAAUAAAAUAAGAUAUUGAAAUUGGAGUAGAUUAUAAAAUAAACCAAGAAUUUGAUUGAAAAUUAAGAAGAAUAGAUCAAUUUAUUAAAUAAUUAAGUAAAAUAUACGAUGAUUCUUAGAUUAAAGAUUUGUAAGAUACAAAACAGAAAUAACAAAAUGAUAUAAAAGAGGACAAAGAAAAAAUGAAUUAAUUAAAGCAAUUGAUAAGUGGAAUGAAAGAGUAGCGAGUUGCAUACAUUCCAAUGCAUGGUGAUCCAAUAGAUCAUGCUCUAUCAGAAUACAUCAACUCUGUGGAUGAUCCAAAAAAACUAAUUGAACUCUUUUUUAGGGAAAAAGAAGGAUAAUAUUUGAUCGGUUCAAAAAGUGUGCAUCUAAAGAGUAUAUAACAAAUUAAUUAAUUUAGCUGAAUAAGGAAAAGUGUUCGUUAAGAUUGGUGGAGGAUUCAUAGGAAUUGAAGAAUUUUUGGAUUUGUAUUUAAAGGAAAAAACUGAGAAAAUUGAAAAGAAAUAAAGUUAACUAACUCCACGAAACAAGACUUCGAAUAAAAGUUAAAGAUCUUAGAUAUCUACUCACUAGUUUACUUCUUGAUUUUGUCAUAAAUUUAUCAUAAAGG